AUGGAUCCCAUACAAUCUGGUUUCAACUUUCUUGUGGACUCUUCGAGUGUGCAACAACAAGACUCGAGUCCACCUUCAAGUUUUUCCAACUCGGUCUCAACCUCUCAUCCUCAUCACUCGACGAGUUCCACGACGUAUGGUGUGUAUGGUGCUCCCUCCAUGCCAGGUAACACUUCCCAUUCCCACACGAGUGGAAGUGGUGGCAGCAACAGUGCAAAGUUCAACUUUGUGGACAUGACCAAAGACGUUGAAUUCAAAACUCGCAAUAAGGGAGACAAAUCACUGAAGGUGAACAAACAAUUUCGAUACAAUAAGAGAUUUCAAAACAACUUCUUCAUUUUCAAAGCAGGACAGAAUUCACAACAGCAUCAGCAACAACAACUUUCACAGCAACAGUCGUUUGGAGGUACAGGAGAUUUCGAUUCGAGUCAUUACUUCUCCUCUCCUCCAACAAAUGCUUCAAUGCCUCAUCAUGUUGGAAUACCUCCUUCUUUCGGUACGAACCAUCCGACUGUUGGUCUUCCUUCAGAUUGGAAUUCUGCAUCCUCCCCAACGAGACUGAAUGGUCGUUUUGUGAAGAGACAAGCACAUUCGGCCUCAGCCACUCCCACCCUCAUGAUCAACAACAACCAUUCGAAUUUCAACGACUCGAAUGGGGUUGGUGCAGGAUUGAGCUCUAACGUUCCAACCUCUUCGAAUGCCAUUGGAAGUGGUCUUGGCCACUCUACAUCGUUGUUGUUGGCACAACAACCUCCUCAAUCAUCACAACAACCUCAACUUACCUUUUCUUCAACCUUAAACACCAACUUGGCUCAAUCGGGAAAUUUUUUGAUUGGAAACGGACAAGUACAAGGUUCAAAUCCCGGCUCGGCAACUUCUACAGGUUUUAUCUUUCUCGACGAUGAAAUGUUGGUGGUAAAUCAUCAUUUCCAACAACAAAUGCAACAUGCUUCAAACCCUCCUGUACAUUCUCUCCCUCAGCAACAACAAGACCUCACCUCAAUGAGUUCUCAAUUUAUCUUGUCGAAGGAAGGGAUUUCCAAUUUGGCGGCUGCACUCUCGUCUCAGAAUGCAGCAAACACGGAGAUGGUUCCUCCUUUAAGUAUAUACCCUAAUGGUCAAUUUAUUGUGACCAACUCUAAUGGUCAACCUCAAUUAAUUACAUUGACUAAUGCUGAAAGUAGUAACAACCCGAGUCUCUCACAACAACAACCUCAAAAACUACUCUCCGCGAGCACCUCGAGUGGUAACCUUGCUCAAAGUUGCUCUCAAACUUCGACAACCACGACACAACAUCGUUUGACUCAUUCCCAAAGUUUUCCUCAGGAAUUAUUUUCGAGUGCUUUGGCAACUUUCCAAAAACAACAACAACUCGAACAACAUGCUGUGAGCAAGGACAAUAAUGAAAUUCACUUGUAUGUCACAAACAUGAGCACUUCCAAUGCCACCGAAGGCACCACAAACAGUUCAGCAAAUCUUUCCCUUCAACACUCCAACGGAGAAAUGGAAGAAGAUCAAUGGCUCUCAGGGGGUGCAGUAAUUGACUCGUCUGAUCCAACCACAACGAAUUCACUCAGUGGAAAGAGAAAACGAAAGUUGAAAACCUCUCCAAAUACAUUAUUUGGAUUUGGAACAUCUUCCUCAUCGAGUGGUGUCAGUAGUAACGACAGCAGUACGUUGAAUUCUCAAAGUUCGAGUAUUGAGAAUUCUCACAAUAAUUCACCCAACACACUGGUGGUUGGAUCGAACAGUCACAUGAAUGACGAUCAUGAAGAGAUUGAUGACGAAGAGGAGGAUCACAUUGAAAAACAGAAUCCAAAAAUGAUUACUCUUGAAAGAAGUGCUUCGAUCCAACAAGUUGAAUUCCAAAGUGCAGGCAGUGAACAGUUGCAUCAUCAUCAUCACAAAGAUGUAAGACUCACCCAAAGAUUGGAUAUUGUCACUCAACCGCAGCCCCAGCAGCACGACAACGAUCACCACCAUUUGGUCACUUCUUUGAUUGAUCCUCGAUUUGUUCCAAUGUCAUCACUCAAUGAUGACAUUUUCAAUCCUCAUGCCCUUCUUCAGGAACAAUACCCUCAAUCAGGAAGCACCUCACAAUCACUGACUAACGAGUCGAAUGAGAUCAUGAUUCAUGAUGUUGUGACUGGAAAGCCAGUCAUAAAUUCAUCACAGUCUCAUCCCAAGUUGUCCACAUCCAGUUCGCCACACUUUGGAAAGAAUGCUUCGACACAAUUUCAAUCAAGUCUAGGAACGAAUCGAGAUGGAAAUGAGAAUGGAAUGAUUCAUGUACCUUCUGUAAUGACUCCUCCGACAGGUCCCAUUGAGGACGAGUUGGAUUCUUUUCUCAAUGCCAUUCAUCAUUCUUCGAGUCAAUUUUGA